AUGACAGAUACGGGUUAUUCUACAGCCACAGUUACUGCUGUUCCCACUUCACACAUAGUGAUUGAGAAAUUACUCAGCGACGAAGCUUCAGUCAUAGUUCAAUGGGUAAUUCUGGCUGUAACCUGUCAGAUAAUCAAUAUUUUUGGAACUGUCACAAACAUCAUCAACAUCCUCUGUUUUACGAAACAAGGCUUCAGGGACCCGGUGAACGUCAGCUUUCUUGGGCUUGCGAUCUCUGACCUGUUCUGUGUUGCCAGUCUCUUAUGGACAAACGUCUGCAUGAACCCAGCCUUCAAUGAGGCAGAUCUUCCCUUCGAGCCAAUGGAAGUUCAGUUUAUUACAAGUGGAUUUUUACACACGAACUUUAACCGUGUGACGAGCUGUAUAACAGCAUUCAUCACGCUAGAGAGGUGUUUGUGUAUCACAGCUCCACUAAAGGUGCGUUGUCUGCGAUAUGAUCUUUCUGUCCUGCAUGUUUUGUAUCAAAUAAUGUCUUUACAUUUAAGUUUCAUCUAUUUCUCUGCUGGUCUAUUGAUUCGCGAAGAUCUAGAGUUUAAAUUAAAGGGGAAAUUUGUUUCCUAA